GUCGCAUACUUGCAAUUUUUUGUUAACAGUCAACACAGCUUUUAUUCUAUUAUGUAUAUGUCAUAUUAUUUGAAGAGGAACGUUAUUCAGUGAAAUGUAGGCUAUUAUGUCCCUCGGUGGGGAAGGUAACAUUUGGUCACAACGGGGGAGAUAACUGUUAUUGUUUGAUUUUGUUCCUUUUAUUCUGUUCAUUUGAGCUGAAGAGAUCCAUUACCAAAUAAUGAAUUUGAAUAAUCAGUGAUCGGUUUGUACAGAAGUAUUAAGUAAAUUCCAAUUUUUAUUUUCAUCUGCACCUUUCAGUCCAAAUUUCAACAAAAGAUAACAAAACUGGCCAAAGCAGAGAAGGAUGUUCUGCUGUACAUGGCUGACAGAAUUGGUUACAUCUAUGUCUACAGCAUGGAAAAGCUAGACCCUGAGAAGAAAUCACUGAGAGCUGAAACCUUUUGGCGUGCCCACACCAACACAGUUACUGGCCUGCACGUUGUUGACAAUGAUCAAGUGGUGCUUACCUCAUCCACUGACUACACGGUGCGUCUUUGGAGUACACAAGGAGAAUUCAUAGGCACCUUUGGGCAGGCUGAGAGCUGGAGCAUUCACAUUUCUUCAUCUUGGAUUCAUCCUGGUGUCCCCUUUGAGGUUCUGACUGAUCCACUGAGUAUGCCAGAUCAUGAAAUUUUGAAUGUAAAAACAGGUCUAUCUAAUGCAAUCAAUCCCGACAUGACUGAGGAGGAUAGAGGGGAACUAAAGGUGAACUGCAUUAUUUCACAAAAACUUACCUGAGCUGUGCAAGAUACAGUAUCCGCCUUUUUCACUUCCCCUGCAAAAAGAAGAAGAAAAAAGAUGCAAAUUUUGCUGAAAGGAAUAGAAGGCUGGGUGUUACAGAGUUAUAACUAUUCUUAUGGCAAAGACUACUGUACAUAUGCAAUGCAAGUCUUAACUCAGUCUCAGCUGAAAAAAGUGGGAGAUUUAAAUUUAGAGCAAGUGUGUCUUCUUUUGCAUUUCAGACUUUGCGAUGAAAUUGUCAGGCAUACUAACAAGCUAUCGAACCACUCUGCUCUGAAAUGCUUUGAUGCUGUGGCGCCACCACACACCAGUGAACCACCUCACCUCUCCCUCGCUUCUAUUGAUCCUAUCAUAAGCAGCACUGAUGAACUGAGUCAACUGGAAAAAAAAAUGAAACUGUAUUGACCAGUAUUGGGAAACUGGGUCAUUGCAGCAUCCAAUACUUUUAAAGACAGAACAUGGAAAAUACAGUAGAAUGAAAUAAUAUCAAACAAUUAGGCCUCAUGUAAUCAUAUACAGUUGACUCUCUCAUCAGGAAAAUCAAACCAAGUUCAUUAAACCAACAAAGACAGCACGAGUUCACCCAAAAGGAGAUUUAUACAAUUUAUGGAAGAUGUGAAGCUGUUCAUAUUCAGGAGGACACUAGGUCACCUGCUGUUACAAAAAUUAGUUCUGCUCUUGUUUCUAUUUUGAAACACUUUUGAUCUCAUGGCUGACAUAAAGCAAAGUAAGCAAGAAAAGUAGGAAGGAACACUGCUGAAUUUUGACACUCAUGACUUUAAACUGUUAAGAUGACAUUUUCUUCCGUGUCACUGAGUAAACUAAUUUAGCUAUUGAUUUUUUCAAAAAAUACCUUGGUGUUGAACAAACAGAAAAAGAAACAUGCUAAAUUUUAUUUUUAUAGCCUAGUCGAAUAUUAAGACAGCAAACCUCUUAGAAGGUCUGCUGCGCAAAGGAUGAUUAUUUUUCAAAUCUCUGUACUUUAUAAUUAGUAUCUAAAUUCAUAAGAACAGAUCCCACACACUCCUGUAUUUUUCUGAGAGAAGUGACAAAGCAACAGGGAAUGAUCACCUGACAUUUCUCUUUACAACAUCUCAUAGCUCAUACUUUUAGGUACAACCUAAAACGUUAUUGUUUUCACUUCCACUGUUUUUACUCUUACAUCAUGAAUCAGUUACCCAGAGUCACCAAAAUAUAAUUGGCUAGUAAAUAUUUAAAUGUACGAGAGUAUGCGAAAACAUGAAUUCAUUAAUAUUAUUCUUUAUUCCUUUUGUUGUUUGGUUGAAAAUUUAACAUUAUUGGGGAAAAACACAGAAUCAUAGGGAAAAAAUGUGGUUUCAAUGAGCAGAACUCUGGUUUGCACACUUUAAUGAGAUUUUUAACCAAAAUAUAUGUAUAU